AUGCAGGACAACGCCAUCACCGGCAUCCUCUACGUUGCGUUUGGCUUAGUCGCUCUCGUCACGCUCGGCAAGAACGACGUCCCCAACAUCCGCCAACACCCCGACAACUCCGCCGUACGCGUCGCCGUCGCUCUCAACGCGCCCGACGACGGUCCCACCCAAGCCGACGGGACGUACCCGGCCAUUCUCGCGUACAACGAAGUGGGCGACUAUAUCGGAUGGUCGGACUGGCAACACAGACCGCACAUCAAGUCCGGCGGCUUCCACGAUGUGAUCAUCGAGCAGCAGAAGGGCCCGGGCCAGCAGGCUACGUAUUUGCAACUCUUCGCUGGAACGGAUGCGGUUUGUAUUGCGUACAUAUCGCAAACGUGGGCUGAUGGGACGACGCGGGGGUGGUUGGGCGACAUGGGACGUGCGUGUGGGAGGCCUUAUUACUAUUCCCACAUAUUCGUCGGUAACGAUGGUCAUGUGCCUGAUUGCAUAUGGAUGGACGCCGACCACAGCGACGACCCAGACCAUGACAUGCCAGCAGCGCUCCAGAUCCACAUGCAGGAGUACACCAACCUGACCACAGCCUACAGCCGCGACCCCGCCCACUACUGCGACGAAGAAUGCAUCAUCUUCCACCGCGACCCGACCAAACACCUCGACUUCAAAAAACACCCGCCCAAAGAGGACCGCCUCUUCCGCGGCAACCACCCCCCGGGCGGACCCUGCUGCAUGGACGACGACGACGGGUACGCGAAGCGCAACCGGCAGCGCCAGCAGCCCCGCAACCGGCGCCCGCCCGCCCUCGCCGCCCGGCUCGUUUCGAGCCCGCACGGCAAACACAGCGCGACGGACCUGUGCGGCAGCGAGCUGUCGCACGGGCCGGACUUCGUGUCCUGGUCCGAGCGCGUGUUUUGCGACAUGGGGACCAAGGUUUCGUGGCCGCUGUGCGGGAGCGGUGGGAGUGUGGGAGGGGAGGAGGGGGAGGGGGAGUGUUAUGAGUGGGAGACGCAUUCGUUGGUCACGGGCGGGCGGAAGGUGGCGAGGCAUUAUGCGACGGUUGAGGAGUGGGGGUGA